AUGUCGUUGGACGAUUUGUCUAAGGAGGACGCGAUGGACUUGCUCCAACAGACCAGGUACGAGCUAGAACGUUGUAAGAAAUCGCUCGCUUUCAAAGAAAGCCUCCUGGUCGACCUGGAGUUCGAAGUGAGCGACCUUGCUCGCGAGAACCAACAACUUCGGUCUGAUGUGAAGUGCCACCGCCACCAAGAAAUGCGACGGAAAUCUCUGGAGCUGGGGAAUUCUAUCUAUGAAGACACCCCGAGAACCCAGCCACAGAGCUGGAACCCUGACACUCCACAGAACCUUGAGGGCUCCAAUCGUUUGCCUGACAGAGCGAAGUCCCCGGCUACCUGUAAGAAGUGUCGACUCUCUGACAUUGAAAGGAGCGACUUGACGAGCGUGAUUGAAGAGCUACACGAUGAGAAGGAACGUCUGACCAAGCUCAAUCAGCGCUUAUUGAGAACCCUCGAUUCGAAAUCCGCGCAGCUCGAGGAGAUCAGUGCUGAUGCUUCGAAAGAAAAAGCUCUGCGGAGAACUCUGGAAGCAAGCAUAGAGUUCUUGACGGUGGAGAAGGAGCUAGUUGAGAGGGAUCUCCGAGACUUCCGCGAGUCGAGCCUCCCUUUUGCGCGCCUAUCUGAUGUAACCAAUCGAGGGAUGAGUCUCGGAAGCUCGCUCGGCGAAGAGCUGGGAUUGGGCAACGGAAAAUCGAUUUCUGGCGAGCGGAAAUUCUCGCUGCCUGCCAACUGGAACUUGGAUGAUAUCGAGCACGAUGGCAUUAGUAGUUUUGACAAUUUGGACGAUUUGGGAGCGAGGAAGAGUUUUCCGGAAGCUUCGAAGCCCUCGGGAAUAAAUCGCAUACCGCUCCACGACAUUGACGAGGAAAAUCAUGAACCCAAGAAGAUUGGUGCGAAACGCGAGAGAUCUAACCAAGACGAGGUCGAAAACGAUUGUGAGGAUCAGCUGGAGAACCUUCCUACUGAAUCGCAGACGCCGGUUACGUGUCUCGGGUGGCGUUCCCUGGUGUGCAUGCCCUAUCGACGUUUGCUGAAGCGGAAACGUCAUUGAUGAAUUGACGUUCACCGAGGACCUCUGAUGCGGAUCUUCACGAUCCGGGGCGAUUUCCAGACUCGGCCGGUGGGACCCCAUUGUACGAAACUGACCC